AUGGCUUCCUCCAAGAACGUGGUCUUCGACAUCGUCGGCACGCUUGUCAGCUACGACUACCUUUUUGAUGCAAUUGACCGUCGUCUAGGCGACCGUCUUCGAGCUGAAGGUGUCAAGCCUUGGCUUCUGGGAUCAGCAUGGAUGGAAACCGCUGAGCGUGAAUACACCAAUUUGAGUAUCUCGGGAAGGUACCUCCCUUAUGGAGAGGUCUUUGAAGCUCUCUUCUACCGUGUCCUUGGAAUGAUGGCUGGCAUUAAGAAUCCCCGUGCCUUUGCUUCUGCCGAGGACCUCGCGUGGAUCAUGCACGAGUACCAAUCUCUCACUAUGCGUCCCGGUGCCGCCGAGUGUGUCCAGAAGCUGCGUGAUGCUGGGUUUACCGUUUGGGCUUUUACCGCGGCGGAUCUAACGCGGGUUGGUGGAUACUUUGAGAAGGCUGGGAUUGAGUUGCCAGCUGAGAAUCUACUCUCUUGUGACUCUGUUGGAAUUGGAAAGCCGGACUUGGCUGCCUAUGGGCCUCUGUUGGAGAAGUUGACUUUGGAGAACGAAGGGAAGAUCCCAUGGUUUGCUGCCGCUCAUAUGUGGGAUGUCUCUGCUGCACGGAGAGCUGGAUUCAAGGGAGCUUAUUGUACAGUUCUGGAGCAGGAGGCAUUGACCGGCUUAUUUGGAGAUAUGGAUGUCAUUGACGACAGCUUACCUGGAAUGGCUGAUAAAAUCAUUGCUCACCAGGCUGGGAAUUAA